AUGAAUGAAUCAGAAUUAGAAAGAGUCAUUUCUCCAGUAGAUCAGUAUUCACAAAUAUUCCAAGUCCCAAUGAAUCUAUCUCCACAACACAAAAAUUAUCAUCAAAGAAAUUUCCAUUAUAGUGGUAGGCAUAGUACUGCUAUAUCUUAUGACAGCAAUGUAUACAUGGAUCCUUCACUACCAAUAAUAACAACUCCAAAUCCAUUAAAUUUGGUUAAUGCACCAAGCAGAACUGUGUAUUUAGGAAAUAUUCCAAAGGAUUUAUCGAUCGAGAAAUUAUUAGAUUAUGUAUCCACUGGAAUGGUCGAAGAUUGUAAAAUACUACCUGAUAAUAAUUGUGCAUUUAUUACAUUUGUUGAUGAAAAGUCUGCAUUAUUAUUUCACGUGGAUUCUAUUUUGAGAAGAUUGAAUAUUAAUGGUAAUGAUAUUAAAAUUGGUUGGGGAAAAACUAAUAUGUUAGACUCAACGGUAGCUAAAAGAAUUAGGUUUGAUGGAGCUACAAGAACAGUAUAUAUUGGCAAUUUGAAUUGUACUGACGGUCAUAUAGACAAUGAAAAUAUCGAGGAAAUAUGGGAUGAUAAUAAACUAAGAAAAGAUUUUGAAAGAUUUGGUACAAUUGAAUCUUUAAAGUAUUUACCAGAAAAGGGGAUUGCAUUUGUAUAUUUUACUUCUAUCGCAUCUGCUAUUCAUGCCGUAGAUACAAUUAGUAACCAAAACUCUUUGUACCAUAAUAAAAAAGUAUAUUUUGGAAAAGAUCGUUGUUCAUACAUUACUAAAAUACAACAGUACAAUGCUGCACAAUUUUUAGGUUUAGAUAUAGACGAUACCAACACUAUAAAACAGCUAAAUGACAGAAAUUUUAUCACAAAUACGCUAAUACAACAAUCUACAGCUGCGGCUGCUAUUGCCACAUCUGCAGGUGGUAUAAAUAAUCUUGGAAAUAGAACAAUAUAUUUGGGCAAUUUAUCAAAAAUGACUAAAGUUGAGGACAUUUGUAAUAUUGUGCGUGGUGGCCUGUUGCAACAUAUCAAAUUGAUACCGAACAAGAACAUUUGUUUUAUAACUUUUGUAGAUCCUACAGCAGCUGCACAAUUUUAUGCAAUGGUUUCAUUACAUGGUCUUACUAUUCACAAAAGACGAUGUAAAAUAGGAUGGGGUAAGCAUUCUGGUCCCUUAUUAAAUUCUAUAAGUAUUGCAGUUAGUCAAGGGGCAUCAAGAAAUAUCUACAUCGGAAAUAUUGAUUGGCACAAACCAUAUGCUGAAACUUUUUUUACUGAAGAUAAUUUAAGAACUGUUUUCAGCAAAUAUGGUGAAGUAGAACAAAUAAACUUUUUACCUAACAAGAGCUGUUGCUUUAUCAACUUCACUAAUAUCUCUAAUGCUAUCAGUGCUUUCAAGGAGGCACAGAAGAUACCAGAAUUCAAAAACUUAAAAAUAAACUUCGGUAAGGAUAGAUGUGGUAAUAUUCCACAACAAAUCUCUUAA